UCAACUAAUGGUCGACCAAUCGUUGCAGCUCUGCUUCAGGGCGGUGAGGCGGCCGAUGUCGGGGUCCAACCUGCGGUUUGAGGCCGUUCCUCUGGACCAGGAGGCCACAGAGGGAGGACAGGUGGGGUUCACCUCCCAAGAGCACCUUCAUCAAGCCGAGGCUCGGCCCUCAUACGUCGGGGGCCUGGCCACGCUGACCGUCCAGAGCGCAUCACAGUGUGAUGAAGGCGUGGCCGAGAACCGCCACGCAAGAGUGGAGAGCAGCGCACGAGUCCAGGUCAAAGAGGUCACAGAGGUCAGAGGAGUGUUUGAGGCUCCACGCUUCAUCCGCCGGCUGACCAACCUGAAGGUGAUGGACGGCAGCAGAGUCGCCAUGACGGUGGAGCUGACCGGUGACCCCCCUCCAGAGGUGGUGUGGCUUCAUGACGGUCAGGAGGUGACGGAGUCAGAGGACUUCCACCUCCACAGGGAGGGGAACCACUGCACCCUGCUGAUCCAGGAGGUUUUCCCAGAGGACACCGGGACCUACAGCUGCCAGGCCUGGAACCAGUAUGGAGAGGACCACACACAGGCCCAACUCACUGUGGAGGAGCCUCAGGAGGGCGUGCAGCCUUGGUUCAUCACCAAACCCAAACCGGUCAGCGCUGUUGUGGGUCAGCACGUCCUUUUGUCAUGUGCCAUCGCUGGAGACCCCUUCCCCCAGUACACCUGGACCAGAGCAGACCUGAGCCGACCUCUGACCUCCGGAGGAGACUACGAGCUGCUGCAGAAAGAGGAUGUCAUCUCACUGCUGAUCAGGAGAGUUAAGAAGCAUCACGCUGGAGAAUACCUGAUCAGCCUGAGGAACACUGUUGGGGAGUGCACUGCUGUGGCCAUUCUGUCUGUCACUCAUGGAGAGACAGACAGGACGAGAGGACGAGGGGGGCGAGCAGGAGAGGACAACAACCCUGCAGCAGGAGGAGGAAGAGGAGGAGGAGGUGCAGCUGGUGGGACCGUGGUGCUGAGAGGAGGUGCCAGAGGAGGAGGAGGCGUGGAGCACAGAGGCAGCGGCAGUGGCGGUGUCAGUCGGCAGUGGCAGGAGGCCAACCAGGAGCCGAAAGAGAACCAGCAACUGCUGCACCUGCACAAGGAGGAGGAGAAGAAGAAGAAGGAGGGUGACCAGGACUCUUCCGCUGCUGCUCCCCGGGGCCUCCUCAAACACUGUGUGGAAACGAGGGAGUGUGGGGAAGAGGAGCUGCGACAGAGGGAGGCGCAGCAGCUGGACUUCCGCUCGCUGCUGGGACGCCGAACUUUUCACGCCAAAAAAAACCAGGGAGAGGAGCUGAGGGAGGCCGGCCUCGCCACCGCCACCGCCGAGCAGCGCCACCACCGCCACCAGAUGGAUUUUAAAGCCAAGGGCCUCAAGGGCGUCAAACCCAAGACCGAGGAGGAGCGCAAGGUGAACUCCCCGCAGCAGGUCGACUUUCGUGGCGUGCUGGGGAAGAAGAGCACCACUGCCAGCAACAGCAACAAACCAGCUGAGACGCCCGGAAAGAACACCGCCGACUUCCGCUCCGUCCUCGCUAACAAGAAGAAGGUGGCGAGCCCCGAGAACAAUGGGGAGAGCGGGAAGACAGCGGUCAACAACUGUGUGGAUGGAGGGAUUAAUGAGAAGAAGAGUGCUGGAGGAGGAGGAGGAGGAGGACGGAAGGUGCCGGAGUUCGUGGAGAAACUGAGUGAUGCGACGGUGGUGGAUGGGCAACGGCUCCGGCUGCAGUGCCGCCUCGCCGCCACCACCUCUGACCCUGCAGACGUCACCGUCACCUGGACACUGGACGGGAAGGUCGUCAAGCCAUCCAAGUUCAUCGUCCUCGCCAACGAAGGCGGCCUGUGCUCUCUGACCAUAGACAAAGCUCUACCAGAGGAUGAAGGCCAGUAUAAAUGCAGAGCCGAGAACUCUGCAGGAAAAGCUGAAAGUUCCUGUAUGGUUCUAGUAGACGACCCGGCAGAAAACUCUCCGGCGGACAAGAAGUCCAAGAAGGCGACUCCGACCUCGGAGAGUGAAGCCAGGAUAAAGAAACCAACUCCCAAGACCCCCCCGAAACAAGCUCUGCCUCCUCAGAUCCUGCAGUUCCCGGAGGACAUGAAGAUCCUGGCGGGGGAGAAGGUGGAGAUCCUCUGCAAGUUCUCUGGAGCUCCGCCCAUCAACUGCACCUGGCUCAAGUUCAGGAAACCAAUCCAGGAGGGCUCGGCUGACAUCUCCAUCAACAGUUCUGACAGCUGCAGUAAACUCACCAUCUCCAGCGGUCAGCAGGAACACUGUGGAUGCUACACCAUCGAGCUGAGGAACAGCUACGGCCUCCGACAGGCCGCCCUCAACCUCACCAUCGUCGACAAACCCGACCCCCCAGCGAAGGUCCCCGCAGCCUCAGAUAUUCGGCGGUCCAGUCUGACUUUGUCGUGGUAUGGGCCGACCUACGACGGAGGCAGCGCCGUUCAGUCCUACAACCUGGAGAUCUGGGACUCUGUGGACAAGCAGUGGAAACACCUGGUGUCCUGCAACAGCACCUCCUACAACGUACAGAACCUUCUUCCAGAGCGUCAGUAUAAGUUUCGCGUCCGGGCGCAGAACAUUUACGGGGUCGGAGAGCCGAGUGCCGAGUCCGAACCGGUUACCGUCGGACUGGUGGAUGACAACGAGAACCAGGAGGAGGCCGAGGCAGAGGAGGACGAUGAAGACUCGGAGAAGGAGCCGGACUACAGAGACGUGACCAUCAAAACGGACAUGAAGGUGAAGGAGCUGUACGACGUGGAGGAGAGGCUGGGAACAGGAAAGUUCGGUCAGGUCUUUAAACUGGUGGAGAAGGCCACCAAGAAGGUUUGGGCGGGAAAGUUCAUCAAGGCGUACUCGGCGAAGGAGAAGGAGAACGUCCGGCAGGAGAUCGGCAUCAUGAACAGCCUCCAUCACCCCAAACUGGUCCAGUGUGUCGACGCCUUCGAGGGAAAGUCCGACAUCGUCAUGGUCCUCGAGAUGAUCUCAGGAGGCGAGCUGUUUGAGCGGAUCAUCGACGAGGACUUCGAGCUGACGGAGAGGGAGGUGAUCAAGUACAUGCUGCAGAUCAUCGACGGAGUCAACUUCAUCCACAAACAGGGCAUCGUCCACCUCGACCUCAAACCUGAGAACAUCAUGUGUGUCAACAAGACCGGCAGCAAGAUCAAACUCAUCGACUUCGGCCUCGCCAGACGACUAGAAAACGCAGGAACUCUGAAGGUUUUGUUUGGGACUCCGGAGUUUGUGGCUCCAGAGGUGAUCAACUAUGAAGCCAUCAGCUAUCCCACCGACAUGUGGAGUAUAGGAGUCAUCUGUUAUAUACUGCUUAGCGGUCUGUCUCCCUUCAUGGGCGAUAACGACAACGAGACUCUGUCCAAUGUCACCUCGGCCUCCUGGGACUUUGAGGACGAGGCCUUCGAUGAAAUCUCCGACAACGCCAAAGACUUCAUCACCAAACUGCUGAAGAAAGACUUGAGGGCUAGGCUGACCUGUGCCCAGUGUUUUGAACACCCCUGGCUGAAGCAGGACACCAACACAAUGAAGGCCAAGAAGCUCUCCAAGGAGAGGAUGAAGAAGUACAUCCUGAGGAGGAAAUGGCAGAAAACGGGUCACGCUGUCCGAGCCAUCAGCAGACUGUCGUCCAUGGCCAUGAUGGCCGGAGUCAGCGCCAAAAAGGGCUCGCCCACCGAAGAGGAUAACCAGUUCCUGGAGUGUUUGGAGUACGAGCAGAAGACGGAGUGUAAGCCGAGUUUCAGCGUGGUCAUCAAAGACGUGGAGGUGGUGGAGGGCAGCGCCGCCCGCUUCGACUGCAAGAUAGAAGGUUACCCCGACCCUGAGGUGGUGUGGUACAAGGACGACCUGCCGAUCAAAGAGACCCGACACUUCCAGAUCGACUACGAUGAAGACGGAAACUGCAGUCUGGUCAUUUCAGAGGUGUCGGGCGACGAUGACGCCAAGUACACGGUGAAGGCGGUAAACAGUCUGGGGGAGGCCACCUGCACCGCUGAGCUGCUGGUGGAGGUGAUGGCCGGAGAGGAGGAAGAGGAGGAGGAGGAGGAGGAAGAAGAGUAAAGAAGUGACUGUCUGGACUCCCACAGGAAGAGGAGGUGGCGGCGUUGAACUCGCUCGGGUUCAGAUGAUCUCAUCGCUCCUCCUCAGCCUGUCAGACCUGAGCAGGAAAAACGUACCCAUGAAUAACAUAUUGUGAUUGGAGGAGCAGGAGGGUGGGGUUUGACACACCAGGACAGGACUGGUUCAGAGGAAAUCAGGGUUCACGCCUGACUCUCACUGAGUAUCAGCAGUAAACGAGUACUCGCAGCUUUUAAAGAGUAACUUAACUCCUGUUGAAAAACUUCUGGCCUGGC